AAUAUUAAAUAAUAUUGAACUAUUGCCAGGCCAUCAGUCAAUUUUAAUAGACUUUCAUGUGUCCAUAUAUUUAAUUACUAAUAUUGACUUGACUAGAUUAGCUUCAGACAGACAGUGCAUUAAAGUUUCUUUAAAUGCAUACUCAUAUUUCACACAUUUCACAUACAACAGAUGUUAGAAAGGGUUUACUGUGCUUUUAAUGGAGUACUGUAAAAGAGUGGAAGGAGCAGCAGCUCAGCCCAGCAGGCCCAACCCACUUCAGCAUCAAGACAGCACAGACAGGGUCAGUCCAAGUCCCACACUAGCAGCAGAGCUCGAGCCAAGUUCUCAAGCAAGAAGGAGGUUCAGUUAGCAGAUGAAUGACCUACAGUGUCUGUUUGCAGAAGCCCAGCGUGCAGAGUCCAGACUGUGCGUGUGUGUGUGUGAGUACACACACGUGUGAGAGCCGGGGCCACAUACUAUAUGUGUAUGUGAGAUGAGGAGACGCUAAGUGGCUACCACAACCACCCAGAUCAGACAGCCUCCCGUGCUGCAAGAUGGAUUAGAGCCCCACACCUCAGGAGAUCAAAGGUGGCUGUGACAGGGGCACCCCCGGGGCAGGACCCAUGAGGAGUCAUAGAAGAUGCUCACAGCCUGGGCGCUUCUGCUCUUCUUAGCCAUGUGGGUGAGAAGCACCUCUGGUGGCCCGCUCUCCUUCAGAAUAGCUGCCAUCCUUGAUGACCCGAUGGAGUGCAGCAGAGGAGAGCGUCUGGCCAUCACGCUGGCCAAAGACAGCAUCAACAGGAACACUAACCGCUCCACCACUGGCAAGCUGGAGGUGGAUAUCUUUGAACUGCUGAGAGACAGUGAAUAUGAGAUGGGGGAAACAAUGUGCCAGAUCAUGUCUAAAGGGGUGGUGGCAGUCCUCGGUCCCUCUGCCAGUCCGGCCUCCAACUCCAUCAUCAGCAAUAUCUGCGGAGAGAAGGAGGUGCCCUAUGUCAAGGUGGCUCCAGAGGAUAUUCUGAAGGUUCAGUUCCCGCGGUUCACCACUCUAGACCUGAGGCCAACCAACAUGGACAUCAGCCUGGCUGUGGCCGGUCUUCUCACCUUCUUUAACAGCACCACCGCCUGCCUCAUCUGUGCACAGGCCGACUGCCUACUGAACCUGGAGCAGCUCCUCAGGCAGUUCCUCAUCUCCAAGGAGACUCUGUCAGUGCGCAUGCUUGAUGACAGCCAGGACCCAACCCCGCUCCUGAAAGAGAUACGAGAUGACAAGACAGCAACAAUUAUAGUCGAUGCCAACGCCACCAUGUCCCAUAUGAUUUUGGAACGGGCAUCAGAACUGGGGAUGCUGUCAGUCUACUACACUUACAUCUUCACCUCUCUGGAAUUCUCUUUACUCCGACUGGACGACGUGGCCGACCAACGAGUCAACAUAGUUGGUUUUUCUGUUUUCAACAAAACUCAUCCAUUCUUCCAGGAUUUUGUGCUAAGCCUCAACCGCUCCUGGCAAGAGAACUGUGACCAUGCACCCUUUGCUGGCACCCCGCUCUCCUCAGCUCUGCUCUUUGAUGCGGUAUACGCGGUGGUGGCGGCGGUCCAGGAGUUGAACCGUAGCCAGAACGUUGGCGCCAGUCAGCUCUCCUGCAAGUCCUCCAAGAUCUGGGAGCAUGGCACCAGUCUCAUGAAUUACCUGAGGAUGGUAGAAUUGGAAGGUCUAACAGGCCACAUUGAAUUCAACAGCAAAGGCCAGCGGUCCAACUACGCCCUGAGGAUCAUGCAGAACAGCAAGGAAGGCCUAAGGCAGAUUGGCCUAUGGCACUCUGAAAAUGGACUGUCAAUGGAGAAAAAGCUUCCAUCAAUCAAUGUGACAGACACCCUCUUCAACACUACUCUUACCAUCACAACAAUAUUGGAGAAUCCAUAUGUGAUGCUGCGGCAGAAUCACCAGGAGCUGGAGGGAAAUGACCGCUAUGAAGGCUUCUGCGUGGACAUGCUGAAGGAGCUGGCAGAUAUUCUCAAGUUCAAGUAUCGUAUCCGGCUAGUGGGGGACGGACUGUAUGGAGUUCCUGGAGCCAACGGAACGUGGACCGGCAUGGUCGGAGAGCUCAUCUCAAGGAAAGCUGACCUGGCGGUUGCAGGCCUCACCAUCACAGCAGAGCGUGAAAAAGUCAUUGACUUCUCAAAGCCCUUCAUGACCCUCGGCAUCAGCAUCAUGUACCGCGUCCACCUGGGACGGAGGCCGGGCUACUUUUCCUUCUUGGAUCCCUUCUCCCCUGGAGUCUGGCUCUUCAUGCUUCUGGCCUACUUGGCUGUCAGCUGUGUCCUCUUUCUGGUGGCCAGAUUGACACCGUAUGAGUGGUACAACCCCCACCCCUGUUUAAAAGGACGCUGUAACCUGCUGAUCAACCAGUACUCACUCGGCAACAGUUUCUGGUUCCCUGUUGGAGGCUUCAUGCAGCAAGGAUCCACCAUUGCUCCCAGAGCUCUGUCCACACGUUGCGUCAGUGGAGUGUGGUGGGCCUUUACAUUAAUCAUCAUCUCAUCCUACACUGCCAACCUGGCCGCCUUCCUAACAGUUCAGAGGAUGGAGGUGCCGAUAGAGUCAGUAGAUGACCUGGCAGAUCAGACGGCAAUUGAAUACGGCACCAUGCAUGGAGGAUCCACAAUGACUUUCUUCCAGAACUCUCGCUACCAGACCUACCAGCGUAUGUGGAACUUCAUGCACUCAAAGCAGCCCAGUGUCUUUGUGAAAAGUACUGAGGAGGGGAUCGCCCGUGUCCUCAACUCAAACUAUGCCUACUUGCUGGAGAGCACCAUGAACGAGUACUACCGCCAGAGGAACUGCAACCUGACGCAGAUCGGAGGACUGCUAGACACCAAGGGCUACGGCAUCGGCAUGCCACUGGGGUCAGUGUACCGUGAUGAGUUUGACCUGGCCAUCCUCAAGCUGCAGGAGGACAAUCGCUUGGAGAUCCUCAAGAGGAAGUGGUGGGAUGGUGGCAAAUGUCCAAAGGAGGAGGACCACCGUGCCAAAGGUCUGGGUAUGGAGAACAUCGGCGGUAUCUUUGUGGUGCUUGUGUGCGGCCUGCUGGUGGCUAUCUUCAUGGCAGUGCUGGAGUUUGUGUGGAUGUUGAGGCAGACACCAGGAACUGAGCAGUCAGUGUGUGAGGAGAUGCUUCGGGAGCUGCAGGGGAUCGUCCUGUGUCGCGACAGUCUGCAGGUGAGGCGCCGACGGGCAGCCUCAAUACUGCGGCCGCGGCCCUUACCACUGGAGGAGCGCCGGGCACGAGCCGCCGCCGCCAGCCUCAGCAAUGGCAAGCUAUGCGGGGGCACGGGACUGCCUGAACCCCUCUCUCACAGACUGGCACAGGAGGCUGCCCUGGUUGCGAGGGGCUGCAGCCACAUCCGCAUUUGCCCUGAGUGCAGACGCUUCCAGGGCCUGAGGAUGCGUCCUGCAGGGGCCACUGGGGCCCUCCCUUCUCCCACACACAGCGAGGAGAGCAUAGAGUGGGACAAGACCACAAAUAGCAGUGAACCUGAAUAACGCCCGGCGAUUCCAACAGGACUGACUUUCCCAGCAGCCACUUCUCUACUUCCCAGGGAUCAAAGGUCAUGUGGUAUUUUGAGUCAGCCGUUCAGAGCUUAAUCAUCAAGGGCAGGACAAUGCUGCGGACUCUCUCGUGCCAUAGAGGCAACAGCCAGCACUCAGUUUUGGAAUCUCCUGGGGUGAAUUUUUUCCUUGGUCAUAGGAAAAACUGAUGAGUCUGUCUCAUUGUGGUCUGUCCCUGUUGGCCCUCUGUACCGUGUAAAACAGGACGGACAAAAACAGCUAAGGGGCAUUUGUACUAUGCAGUAUUUUCAGUCAUUUAUCAUUGUGCUGUUUCUUUUUUUUUCUUUUUAAAUUAUUUCUAUCCUCUGUUGGAUUAUCAAUACUGAAUAUUGUUAUUCUAUUGUUCUUGGGGAAAAAAAAAACUUUAAACAAGUUCCUUUUUUAAUCAGACAAUUUACUGUAUGAACGUAUAUUGCCUCUGAAGAGCUGCAAAGAUGAACAGACUAAUGCAAGGUCAUCCCUCAAAUCCUAUUUUUUUUUUUUUUGAAAGUGCCAAAAACCAUAAGUAUUAUCUUGUGGCUGAAGAAAGCACCACAGCCUUGAGAAGACAACAAAAUCAUCUGAACCUGGAAAACAAACCAAGACAUACAGACACACGGACUUCUUUUAUAGUAGUGAUAUUCUAUUAAAAAAUGUUUUAACUGUUGGUAUCUCUGAAAGACAGCGAUGCAUGUCCAGAGGUGUUGGCAGAUGCUCACUGAAUGAUGAAUUGCUAAAGAAGGUUGAUGAUUUCCUGUUUUGAAUACCUGCUUUAUAACAUGAUGGCUAAACACACAAACACAUAUACACAUUCACUAUCCAUUUAUUUCCUUCUUCCUCUGUGUUGUGACAUCUCUUUCUCCUCCAUAUGUCCGACAUCUUUGGCAUCAUAACAUUUAUCACUUGUCUCCUUUAUGACCUCUCACUUCUAAAUGUGUACACGGUCUCCUCUACAGUAUCUUUCUCCGUCUCUUCAAGAAUGAUUUCAGGUUUCAUAAGGUCAAGGCUGUGUAUAAAUGAAACACAGCAUAUAUCAGACACAACCAAAAACACAUGAAAUCUCGGGUAAAGGGUUUUUUAUAUAUAUCAGCAGUUGACUUGAGUUCUUUUAAAUGUCAAGGCAGUUAAACUUUUAUUGGAUGUGAUGUUUUACACACUACUGGAGGAGUAUUUCAGUUCAGAUCGGGCUAGAUGCUCUCUGACAUUUUCAUACAUUUAUUUCUGCAAAACCUAAACUUAGAAUAUGUUAAUCAGGCAUUUAAGAGGCCGCUGCAAAUGGAUAAAGAAACAUAACAGAAAGUAGAUUCAAUCAAAUGUGUAUCAGUUCAGUUUUGGUAUUCAGAUAAGUGAGGUCAAACUGAAAUGAUUAGACCAAAUGAUUGGAUCAUGGAUAAUUAAUUCAGUUUUAUUGUGUUUAUGGAAAAAAUAGUCGUCUUUAUUUGUGUUUUUCCUAUAUAUCGAUCAUACCUCCUGAAGAAAACACUGAGGACAAACCACCAGCAACAGGAAUCUUAGGAGCCACUUACUUGUUGCAUAGACUGUGACACGUGAUGUAAUAUUUCCCCACUGAAUUGACUUUCUGAAGGUGUUACUGUUUGAUAGUCUGACUGUUUCAGAGGCCAUCCACCUGUCUACACUGCUCCUCGCUUAUCUCUGAUGUGUGCAUCAUUUUAAAUGUGCCCAUCAGGUUCUGUCAAUCACCAUCCCUCAUAACUAAACCACCAACUCAACACAAGCAUGAAGGUGCCGCCAUGGCAUCUCUCUUGUACUUUUAUUAGCCACGUUCAUUUUCUGUCUUUGUCAUUUUUUCACCUGCAGGUUGUCUUGGUUAAAAAACUCUUGCAUAAGCUCUUUUAAAGAAGCAGCCUGAAAAAUGGGUGGCUGUGCUGAUCAUUCACAAUGGUUAAAUGUGUUUCUGUUCAUGUAGAAUCAUAAUGAGAACACUUUAAGACACUUCCUGUAUAUGAGUGUCCACCUUGCCGUUGAAUCAUUCUGUCAUUUGGUUUAACAUUUCAUAUCCACAGACAUGGAAUCACCUCCUAUAUUUUUCAAGCUCCUGUUAUUGCAUCAAUGGUAAUGAUUGGUACACUGUUUCAGAAGCUGGUAAACAUGACUGUUGUGUAUCAACCAUUUACAGACCUGUAGUGAACUGCGAUAUUAGCACAAUUGUACUAAUAUAGACUUUUCAGUGAAGAGUGACUGGAAUCACAAAUGAGUAGAUUUUGCAUUCAAGAGGGUUUUUUCCAUUCUUUCAAUGUCAGUUCAAUCAGUUGCUGAAAAGAAUUUCAGGACUUCAAAAUGGUAUUUCGACUCAGGUCUGCAGUGCGUCUGAACCCCCAAAAGACACACAUAAGUGUUUGAAACAGCAUUGAAUCUGCUUGAUUCGGUACCCCAUAGAAAUCAAUAGGAAUGGCAGAGUUAUUGUUAUCAUUUGCUCAAGAGCCAAUAGUGCCAAUGCAUCUAAUCCUCAAGUAAUGAACAAUUAUAGUCCCACAGAAGGUGUGUAAAUAUAGUUUGAUCACCAGUAGUGGUCCAAAGUGGGUUUUUUUUUUUAUUCCAGCAGUAACAAUCGUUUGAAGCUGAUUAUGUUAAUAGAGCAGAGAGAUACAGACCUACAUGUGUAUACUUUGUAUGUGUUUAUUAUGGACAACUCAUGUAAUUCGGACACACACAGUACAUGUGGACACACUCACAGAUUAUGUGCAUAGUGGUAAAAACAAAUCUGUUCACAUUUGAUGUAAACUUUCUAUAUUUCUUUAUAAAAAAAUAACUUGUUAAAGGAAAAUUGCCAAGCAAAUAGCAAAAAAGACCCACAUUUCAUUACCAGUUUUAUAAAAGAAGUUUCUAUCCAUUUGCUGAAUGUCACUAAGAAACUUGUGAGAGUAAGAAGGCUCCCGCUGCACCCGAUGCUAACUUCUUAAACACUAAAAACAUUUACUGGGGUGCUAAAUCAAGCGUAGUUGGAAUGAGAUUGCCAAUUACCUUGAAGGCAUGAAAAGCAGUAGAGUAAGAAUUAAUACAAAUCCUUCUGAAACACUGGGCGACCUUCGCUGGGAGACCACUGAGAGAAGAUGGCAGGGUUUGGCUGCUAUAUUUUAUAUGCUUUAUUUUCUUAUGUUGACAUUUUUAUUCCAUUAUAAAUACAUUUCUUAAAACAACCUCCAUUUCGUGGGGUUUCUGGUUCUGUCUCUUCUUUACUCUGAUAGGCCUAUAUAUGACCUUUUGAGCUGUUUAGACCUGUCAUGCUAAAUAGCCUGUGAGUGCACUUUGUUUUUCAUGUUUUAUUAUUCGACUGGGAGAAAUAUUCAGACAGUGCUUCUGUUUUUGUGGUAACAUAUAUGCGUGCAGAGAAGAAGAAUGAGGAUUUAUGGAUUUCUAGCUGAGUAAACAUGACAAUUGUUGAGUGAACCAGAAGGACCUGAUGCAUCUACCUCUCGUUUCUCACCCGUGACUAAAUUAAAGUCUGCACACUCGUGAAUCAGUUGAACAGCUGAGAAUUUGUGUGGGUGGGAAGUCUUAACGGAGGCUAAUGAGUUUAACAACUCACUCAUGUGCUAUGUAGCCUACGCAUCCACUCACCCGUAGUCCAUCUAUCACUGUGAUUUUCAGUGGAUAUUUCUCUCUCAGGAUUGUGAGUGAGCACCACACUACACAAAAAACCCAGGAUCUGAUUUACAGUUUAAUUCAGACUUCCUCUCUCUCUCUCUUCUCUCCUCUCUGAGUGCCUGUCUCACUAUCUUCCCGCCGCAGCAUCAGAGAUGACAAGUUUUUCAGCGCACCAACGCCUGUAUGUUACAGUGCAUAUCCACACUAUACACACACACAAACACACACACACACCCAUAUAACUCUUACAAGAGUGACACGUGCACAUAAACAUCCGCCGCCACCUGCAUGUCACUGCUGUGUCGAGUUUAUUUCAUCGUGCUCAUGCUUCCCCUUCUGCCUCUGGUGCUCCAGGUCCAUAAAUUAAGUGCAUCUCUACCCACCACUGCCUAACUGCUGUUUGGAUUUAUGGAGCCCAUGAUGAGCAUUGAGUGCCUGCAGAGGUGUGUGAAAAUCCACUCCUCAAGCUUACCCAGUUGUAGCACAUAGCAUUACCAAUUUCCCUGUGACUGAUUGUUAUUCUUCAAGGAUUUAGGAAUUAUUGGAGGGAGGGAACGGGGUUGGCAUUUCACUCACAUAAACUUUUCUGAGCCCAGCAUCCAAUUCAAGGCCCCCAAGUAAUAUUUAGAAAUAUAUAAAAUAUUGUGAGUUUUAAAAAUGGUCUAUAACUCUGCAUUCAGUAUGAUUUUAUUGCUUUCGAGAGGCAAUUGUUAAAUCUGUUCAUCCCAUUUCUACUGCCAAAAUUGCAUCUCUUUGUCCAACAACUGCUUCCUCUUCUCUGACAGCAGAUUUCCAAAGGUUAACAGUGUGUAUGUAUAUAGCCACUAACAAGCAUUGGAACCAAGGAUACCAAUUGAAAGACAGAACAGUCUAUGAGUUGAAACUACCUAAUACACAGUGAGACUGGUGCACAUUUUUAAGUGAGAGCGUUUCUAUUGAUUUGUCGGCAAUUCAUUGCAAAAGGCUUGUUGUUGUUGUUGUGUGCUCAAAGAAAAGGUAUUCAGAGUGCGAGAAUUCUCUCCAAGGUGAGACGCUGUCAAGGCUGUUAUACAGCCUUUUGUUCACUGACAGUUGUUGUUGAACAUAUUGACCAAAACAUCUUGACAUUGUUUGUCUUUCAGAGAAAUAAA